AGAUACAGCGACUGCUGCUCCCGUUCCUUUGCGGUCAAAGGGAACCACAUGCCAUGGAUUUUUAUUGGACUGGUCAUUUACACCAUAUGCAUUACACCAACUGAUACGAUUGAUAUUAAUAGCCAGAGCUUCUCAAACAUGGACAAGGUAAAUAAAAAGAUAUGCUGUGCUUGUAUAAGGGAGGGGAGCUCUUUAACGAUAAGGAGGGGGGGAGCUCCUUAAUGACAAGGGAGAGGAUAAUGAAAAUUUCACCCGCAGGACGUAGCCAAUGUGAGCGUGACUCAGGCUACCUUGCUGAACCCAUAGAUACUGCAUUAAAGAAAAUUGGUGAAUUAUGGUUGCCAGGAAAUUAACUGUUUCUUCCUGAGUUAAAAAAAAGAUAUUUCAAGGCAGCAUUCUCAUCUUCCUCACAUGGGAACCCCCCCUCCCCCCUCCUCUCCUUAAAAUAUAUUUUGAGUCAUCAACACUCGUGAAAGGGAGAACUGUUGGAUUAGUCUUCUACGCAGCCUUUUUUGGUUGUAAUGCGACGCUCCCCCCUAAAGAGUGUCUGCAAGAGAGGCUACUGGUAGAUUAAGUGUUGUCAAACCAAAAUUAAAGUUAUUCAAACAGGCAAUUAGAUCGACGAAAAAAAUAAUCAAACUCAGUCCUUCUUUAAGGUGAACACCUUUAAGUAGUCGGGUGCUAAAAAUGUCUGUCUGACUUCACGCUUUUGGCCAGGUGUAUCAUUUUGCAAGUCAAACACACGUAACAGGUAAAAUUUGAUGGACACGUCCCAAAUAUUAUGUUUUCCACACACCUACGAGGAGGAGAGCUAUAGAAAAUGCCCUUGUAUUUAAUAUUUUCUUGCUUUUUGUCCAUCACUCGGAGCGACUGUGAACUACUUAAAAUCUUGACUUCCUGUUUCGUAGAAAGAAAAAACAAGAGUGAUUGACGACAUCCUCGAAGCAACAUUUAAUCCCUCUGACGAUGAGAAACUGCAGUAUAGUGAAGAUUGGAAUAAGUUUCAACAGAAAAUGGGAGAGAUGAAUUCUAAUGCGAAAAAAACCGUUAAGAGACUCCGAUCAAUAGCUGACAGACUUGAUGAAGCGUGGUGGGAGUACAAGAUGAGUUAUGCCACUGGAACCUCUCUGUGUGUGGUAGGAGGAGUUCUAACAUUGACGACUGAAAGUAUAUAUGCUAAGGGUUUUGGAAUUGCUGGAUUCUUAAUAAACUAUAUCGCCAGUUCCAUAGACUAUACCAAACACUCAGAGGAUAACAAGGUGGCCGAAAAGCUCUUGAAGGAGACCAGAGACAACUUCAUCGCCGUGAGGAAAGAAAUCCAUCUUUGGAUAGCCAGAAAAGAGUAUUUCCGGAUAACGUACAUUUACGGCCAGGCUAUAGCCCAUAAGGUGGCUACACCUCAGGUUUUAAUGUUUCUUCGUGAGUGCAUUUUUGACUCCAAGGAAAUCCCCCCCAUGGUGAAAAAUAUGGCAAUUCUUAUCGAAAAAUGGGUAUGGAAUUCUGGUGCGAAAGCCCCAUUUCAAGGCGUUGCGGAAGGAGCAGCAAAGAAUGGAGCACAAGUUGCUGAUGAUGCAGUCCAGGCCAGCUCAAAAACCAUAAUAGAGAAUUUGGCGAAGAAUGGAGCACAAGUUUCUGAUGAUGCAGUCCUGGUCAGUGCAGAAACCUCAGCACAGGAAGUGGUAAAGAAAGGAACACAAUUUGCUGAUGAUGUAGUCCAAGCCGGCGCAAAAACCUCCACACAGGAAACAGCAAAGUAUGGAGCACAAUUUGCUGAUGAUGCAAUCCAAGCCUCCACACAGAAAAUGGCAAAUGGAAAAUGGCAAUCUCUUUAUGAUGCAAUCCAAAACAACGCAAAAGCCUCCACACAGGAAAUGUUCGAGAAUGCAGCACAAUUAGCUGAUGAUGUAAUCCAAGCCUCCAAACAGAAAAUGGCAAAUGGAAAAUGGAAAUCUCUUUAUGAUGCAAUCCAAAACAACGCAAAAGCCUCCACACAGGAAAUGUUCGAGAAUGCAGCACAAUUAGCUGAUGAUGUAAUCCAAGCCUCCAAACAGAAAAUGGCAAAUGGAAAAUGGCAAUCUCUUUAUGAUGCAAUCCAAAACAACGCAAAAGCCUCCACACAGGAAAUGUUCGAGAAUGCAGCACAAUUAGCUGAUGAUGUAAUCCAAGCCUCCAAACAGAAAAUGGCAAAUGGAAAAUGGCAAUCUCUUUAUGAUGCAAUCCAAAACAACGCAAAAGCCUCCACACAGGAAAUGUUCGAGAAUGCAGCACAAUUAGCUGAUGAUGUAAUCCAAGCCUCCAAACAGAAAAUGGCAAAUGGAAAAUGGCAAUCUCUUUAUGAUGCAAUCCAAAACAACGCAAAAGCCUCCACACAGAAUAUGGUAAAGAAUGGAGCACAAUUAGCUGAUGAUGCAAUCCAAGCCGGGGCAAAAGCCUCAACACAGGAAGUGGCAAAGAAUGGAGCAAAAUUUGCUGAUGAUGCAAUUCAAGCCGGGGCAAAAGCCUCAACACAGGGAGUGGCAAAGAACGGAGUACAAGUUGCUGAUGACGUGGCUGAAGCAGGUUUAAAAACAGCUGGAAAUUUCCAGAAACUAAUUGCUGUUAUGGACACCGGCCUUUUAUUGAUGGAUUCCAAAGAGCUGGUCUUCACGAUUAAGGAUCUUGUUCGAAACAAAGGAUCUGAUGCAGCGAAAGAUCUGAGGGAAAAGGCCGAGGAGAUCGAGGAUGCUUUUAUACAGUAA